GUGUGAGUGUGUGUGUGUCUCUCUCUUUCUCUUCCCCCCUCCCCUCCCUUUUCCAAGCUCUCUUAACAUUUAAGCGAAAAUGCUUCUUUCUGUGCCUCCUCGUGCAGGAAUUGCCACUUUUGGCUACAACAAGAGCAACAAGAAGCCUUAUGUCUCAGUGGCCCAGCAGAUGGCACCCCCAAGCCCCAGUGGCAGCUGCAACAACAAUAGUAGCAGCAGCAGCAGCAGUGGGCCAGGCGGUGGCGGAGGUGGCGGGGACCAGCUGAGCAAAACAAACUUGUACAUCCGGGGCCUGCAUCCUGGUACCACCGAUCAGGAUCUUGUCAAGCUCUGCCAACCGUAAGUUUCCAUCAUCCAAGAAACAUGGGGGGGCCAAUCCUCGAUUGGAAUUAAAUGAUUCAAGGGAGGGCGGGCAAAUGUUGUGUACUUACGUCUACACCUUGGUGUGUGGUAUUCUGUUGCCAGUGGGAAUUGAAUUUACCAGUCUUCUCUAGUAUGCCCCCCUAUGGCACAGUGGUUAGAGUGCAGUUCUGCAGGCUAUUUCUGCUGGCU